UGGACACAAAUAACUUGGGCUAAAUUUUUCUCAUUCGCCUUAGACGACUGGUUAAGAAUCGUCUCUCACUUAACUCUGAAGUCAAGAUGGGGUCAUUUGCUGUGAAAAGUGUGCUUUUCCUGCUAAUUUUUGGACUGAUAGCGUCCAAUGUUGUGGAUGGAAGCCGGCCAAUGCCAAAGAAGAACAAAAAUGGUAAGGAGAACCCUGAACACAGCAGUGAGAACAGCACCUACAAAGACUUCGUCCAAGAUGGUACUGUGAUUGGUAAAGAGGACCAUGAGCACGGCAGUAAGAACAGCACUUACAAGGACUACGACCAAGAUAACACGGAGGUUCGAGCAGUUGGCCCCCAGAUGGUUUUUAAUAAUCCUAACCAGCCAUGCUACACUCAGUUCUUUGUAGGUGUAGUUGGAGCCCCACCAAUAGGUCUGCGAGCUGGUCAGGUUAAUUUACGGUAUAUCUGCCAAACGUACCAUCACCAGACUUACUAUGCCACGAUGUUUGACGAGCAACGCGGUAUUGCUGUGUUUUCAGCCUAUACAUUGACACAAGCAAAUGUGAAUUUUCAUCCGAAUCGACGAGCAUGGUGGCGACGAACACAUGCAAACGAUGUCGCUCCACAAGGAAGUAGACAAAUAUAUCUACAUCAGCCAUAUGACAGGGGUCAUCUCGUACCAGGAGCAACUUACUCCAACACCGUAGACAGAUUUCGUUCCACUUUCGUGUACACCAACGCUGUACCACAACGCCCAUCUUUCAACAGAGGCUAUUGGGCCCGAUUUGAGGGGAGAAUUCGGGUUUAUGCUCAACAGUGCACGCAGGGACCUCAACCUGGAACUUUGUAUCUAAUAACCGGCACUGCAUUUGGUCACAUUCAGAACAACCCUCCGGGAUACAACCCACAAGUACACAUCAACAACCUGGGUCCAGCUGGAAAUUUCCCCGCUAUAAAUAUUCCUAACUCGAUGUGGACCGCUGGCUGCUGUGUGCAUCCAAACGGUGUCGAGAGCUUCGCAGUGAUUGGAAACAACCUGCAAAAGGUUCCCAAUCAACCUGAGGUAACUUUAACACAGCAAAUCACAGUGGCACGACUGCAACUGAUUCUUGCGGUUGAUGAAGAUAACCUAGGCCAACAUAUCAACGGACCAAAUGUCGACCUGUUCCCUGGAGAUGCCGAUUGCUCCAAAGUAAACAACAACCUGCCGGCUCUUCCUCCAUGGAAUGGACGCUAGGUCUGAAUAAAAGAAAAAAACAUAUAGCAUCAACAGUAAGAGAAUGUCUAUACUUAAAAAUACAAAUGCAAAUUAAUAAGAAACAAGGGAGUAAUGUGGCAUAAAAAGUCAAUAAAGACAACGAAAAAGAGAGAUUGAAAGUAA